AAAUGUAGAGAGAGAAAAAGAGGAGAGAGAAAGAGGAGGGAGAAACUCACCGCAGACAAUCACACAAACCCUAUUCGUGAAUCAAUCCGUGUUCAAAGCAUCUGACAAUACUAACCCUUUUUGAAAAAAAAAAAUGAUUUUGGCGAAAUUCUUUUUCAACAUUGAAAAAAGAAAAGAAAAAAAAGAAAAAGAAAGUGUGAGAAAGAGAGAGAAAAUGGGAGGAAUUAGAGAGAGAAAGACUGUUCGUUCGUUUCUUCGUUGUUUAAACCCAAAAUUCCAAUCCCUUUUAAUUUUAUUUCUUCGCCUUUUUUUCCCACGAAACAAACACAAACCAAUCUCUCAUAAUAACACUCAUAUUUUUUUAUUUAUUCAUUUAUUUUAUUGUCCUUAUAUUCUCCAAAUCUCACCGCACAUCUUUAUCAUAGAUACAUGGAUGUCGAGAGAGAGAGAAAGAGAGAGAAAGUUGAGAUGAUUUUUUUAGAGAGAGAAAGUGUGAAUUCUCGCAUUUGUAUUCAUUCAUUGCCCUUUCCGUCAAAACCAAAACAUCUAGCAAUAAUUAUCAGAUCCAAGCCCUAAUUCUAAAGAGAGAAACUGGGGAUUUGUUCUUCUGCUCUGAGGUUCUGAUUUCUAGGGUUUGUGUUUCGAGAGAGAAAGUUGGAUUCCGAUUUAGGUUUGAUUCAUGGCUUUUGUGUUUGAAGGGGGAAAAGUGAGGUGAAGUUGGAUUUUUGCUAGGGUUUUUUUGUGGGUCGUGUUGGAUCAUCGACAAUGGAGGGUGGUGCGGAAGAGGAGAAGAAGAAGGCUCCAGAAGGAGAGAACAAGUCGAAGCGGAAGAUGAAGACUGCUUCGCAGUUAGAGAUUCUGGAGAAGACUUAUGCUGUGGAGACGUAUCCAUCGGAGACCUUGAGAGCAGAGCUUUCUGCAAAAUUAGGUCUUUCUGAUCGGCAAUUACAGAUGUGGUUCUGUCACCGGAGGUUGAAAGAUAGGAAGACACCUCCGGUGAAGAGACCACGAAAGGAUUCUCCUGUGAAGGUGACAUCUUCUGCAGCCGGAACUCCGGUUCGGGAAGAAAUGGAAGUGGGCAAUGAGCAUCCCUCAGGGUCGGGUUCGGGGUCAAGCCCAUUUGGUCAUGUAUUGGAGUCACGAAGAGUUGUCCCUCGGCCUGGAACUGCUGUUGCAAGGAUUGGAGCUGAUAUGCCGCCAAUGAAGAGGUACUAUGAGCCACCUCAGUCCAUAUCAGAGCUUCGCGCCAUAGCAUUUGUGGAGGCACAGUUAGGGGAGCCAUUGAGGGAGGAUGGGCCAAUUCUCGGAAUGGAGUUUGAUCCCUUGCCACCGGACGCAUUUGGCGCUCCCAUUGCAGCGACAGUUGGGCAGCAGAAGCAAGGUGUGCGGCCUUAUGAGACCAAACUUUACGAGCGACCUGAUGCUAAACCAAUCAAGGGUGCUGGAAGGGCUGUUCAUGAAUAUCAAUUUCUUCCGGAGCAGCCAAGUGUCAGAACUGACACAUAUGAAAGGGUUGGUUCUCACUACUAUGGUUCACCUGCUGAUGGUCCAAGUGCCAGGGCUUCAUUGUCCACUGGACGCUCAUUCAUGCAUGGGAAUGAACAGGUAGCCUCUGGAUAUGGUUUUCAAGGGCAGAUGCCAAACUUAAAUCUUCUUUCCCAACAGGGUAGGCAGAACCAUGGCUUGUCAUCCACUUCGGGAGAUUAUGACACUGUUCCACGAAAGAAUUCCCUUGGAAGCAUUGGUAUGGAUGCUCAUUUUGGUUCUCAUCCAAUUACUGCGCUGGACAAUCCAUUUAUAUCAUCUGAUCGGAGGGUUACCAAUGAAGAGGAUGUUUUGCGGAUGGAGAGGAAACGCAAGAGUGAAGAGGCAAGGAUAGCAAAGGAAGUUGAAGCUCAUGAAAAAAGAAUUCGAAAAGAGCUUGAGAAACAAGAUAUUUUGAGGCGAAAGAGAGAAGAACAAAUGAGGAAAGAAAUGGAGAGGCAUGACCGUGAAAGGCGGAAGGAAGAAGAAAGGCUUUUGCGUGAAAAGCAGAGAGAAGAGGAGAGAUACCAGAGGGAACAAAGGCGUGAACUUGAACGGAGGGAGAAGUUUUUGCAAAAGGAAUCUAUCAGAGCUGAGAAAAUGAGACAAAAAGAAGAACUCCGCAGGGAAAAGGAGGCUGCAAGGGUUAAAGCUGCUAAUGACCGAGCUAUUGCUCGAAGAAUUGCUAAAGAAUCAAUGGAAUUAAUUGAGGAUGAACGAUUGGAACUCAUGGAAUUGGUGGCUUUAAGCAAGGGGUUGCCUUCAAUACUGUCUCUUGACAGUGAAACUCUUCAAAAUCUUGAGUCAUUUAGGGACAUGUUGACUGCAUUCCCACCCAAGUCUGUGCAAUUGAGAAGGCCUUUCACAAUUCAACCCUGGACUGAUUCUGAGGAGAAUAUAGGAAAUCUUCUUAUGGUUUGGAGAUUUUUAAUUACCUUUUCUGACGUUCUUGGGCUUUGGCCAUUUACUAUGGAUGAGUUUGUUCAAGCUUUUCAUGACUAUGAUCCAAGGUUGUUGGGCGAGAUACAUGUUGCUCUCCUGAGAUCCAUCAUUAAGGAUAUUGAAGAUGUUGUCCGAACACCCUCCAUUGGGCUGGGCGCAAAUCAAAAUAGUGCUGCUAAUCCUGGGGGUGGGCAUCCUCAGAUUGUUGAAGGGGCAUAUGCUUGGGGCUUUGAUAUUCGCAGCUGGCAGCGACACUUAAACCCAUUGACAUGGCCUGAAAUAUUGCGGCAGUUUGCCUUAUCUGCAGGGUUCGGGCCAAAGCUGAAGAAAAGGAAUGUGGAAGAGACAUAUCUCCGAGAUGACAAUGAGGGAAAUGAUUGUGAAGAUAUUAUUACUAAUUUGCGCAGUGGAGCAGCAGCAGAAAAUGCUGUUGCGAUAAUGCAAGAAAGGGGUUUCUCUAAUCCACGUAGAUCUAGGCAUCGCUUGACUCCUGGGACGGUCAAAUUUGCAGCAUUUCAUGUUCUUUCUCUUGAGGGAAGCAAGGGCCUAACAAUAUUAGAAGUUGCUGACAAGAUCCAGAAAUCUGGACUUCGGGACCUUACAACAAGCAAGACACCAGAGGCAUCUAUUGCUGCUGCCCUGUCAAGGGAUGGAAAGCUUUUUGAAAGAACUGCACCAUCAACAUAUUGUGUACGCCCGGCAUAUAGGAAGGACCCCGCUGAUGCUGAUGCAAUACUUUCUGCAGCCAGGGAAAAAAUCCAGAUCUUUAAAAGUGGGUGUUCCGAUGGAGAAGAGGCUGAUGAUGUAGAAAGAGAUGAAGAUUCCGAAAGUGAUGUAGCUGAGGAUCCUGAGGUUGAUGAUUUAGGUGCUGAUCCAAAUUUGAAGAAAGAGGCUCAAAAUUCUUAUGAAGCAGAUGGAUUUCAAAGCAAGUCUGUCUCAGAAAAUGAAAAGGAGACUCUCUUUGCUGAGGCUAUGGAAACAAAAGUUGGCCUUGAGAAUGCUGGUGAGGGUUUGUCUUCAACACAUUCUGAGGGUUUCAAGGAGGUAAUAAGUACUGGUGCUUCUGUUGAUCAAUCCAUCGAUGUUGCUGGCAUAAGCAAUAAGCCAACUAAUCCUGAUCAAGAAGACGCUGAUAUUGAUGAAAGUAACUCUGGGGAACCAUGGGUUCAAGGACUUAUGGAAGGCGAGUAUUCUGAUCUGAGUGUUGAGGAGCGCCUUAAUGCCCUUGUAGCUUUAAUUGGUGUGGCAAUUGAAGGAAACUCAAUUCGCAUUGUUCUCGAGGAACGUUUGGAAGCGGCAAAUGCUCUGAAGAAGCAAAUGUGGGCAGAGGCUCAACUUGAUAAACGGCGCAUGAAAGAAGAGUAUGUCAUGAAGAUGCAUUACCCGUCUUUUAUGGGCAAUAAGACUGAACAGAACGUUACAAUGUCCACAACAGAGGGCAGGCAAAGUCCAAUGGUAGCUGUUGAUGAAAAAAAUAAUGAGCUGUCAAUGAACCCUGUAGUCCAGCCCGAACCUUUUAGUGAUCCACAGAACGACCAAAGUUUUCUUAAUAAUUUGCCCCCUGAGAGGAACCUGCCAAUGCAAGAUUUCUCUGCUGGGCCAGAAAAUAUCCCACUUCAGCUACCUGGAUAUGCUGCAGAAAAGUCACGCUCACAGUUAAAAUCUUAUAUUGGCCACAAGGCAGAAGAGAUGUAUGUAUAUAGGUCAUUGCCUCUUGGUCAGGACCGUAGGCGAAAUCGAUAUUGGCAGUUUAUUACCUCUGCCUCUAGAAAUGAUCCUAACUCUGGCCGGAUCUUCGUUGAGUUACGGAAUGGUUGUUGGAGGCUUAUUGACUCCGAGGAGGGGUUUGAUGCUCUUGUGGCAUCUUUGGACGCAAGAGGGGUUAGGGAAGCCCAUUUGCAAUCAAUGCUGCAAAGGAUUGAAAUAUCCUUCAAGGAAACAGUUAGGAGGAACUUGCAGCUUUCAAGCAUUGGAAGGCAAAGUGGAGGUGCUGUAAAAACAGAAGAUUCUGAAAUGGCUCGCCCCACUGGUUGCAGUGUUGAUAUAGAUAGCCCUAGUAGCACACUGUGUGUUUCAAAUUCUGAUGCAACGGAGCCCUCAGCAUCAUUUUCAAUUGAGCUUGGAAGGAAUGAUGCUGAGAAAUUUGAUGCAUUGAAUAGAUAUCAAGAUUUUGAGAAGUGGAUGUGGAAAGAAUGCAUUAAUCCUUCAACACUAUGUGCCCUGAAGUAUGGGAAGAAAAGGUGCACACAACUUUUGGGAAUUUGUGAUCACUGCCAUGAUUUACACUUUUUUGAAGACAACCACUGUCCUUCUUGCCAUAGGACCUAUAGCCCUUUGGACAGCAACUAUUCUGAACAUGUGUCUCAAUGUGAAGAAAAGCACAAAGUAGACCUUGAAUGGGGCUUUUCAUCGAGUUCAGACUCUUCUCCCCUGAGGAUCAAAUUACUCAAAGCCCAUUUAGCUCUAAUUGAGGUCUCUGUUCUACCUGAAGCUCUUCAACCUGACUGGACAGACACCUACAGGAAGUCUUGGGGUAUGAAGCUGCAUGCCUCUUCAUCAGCUGAAGACCUUAUUCAGAUUCUGACAUUGUUGGAGAGUAACAUAAGGAGGGACUACUUAUCCUCAGACUUUGAGACCACCAAUGAACUGUUGGGUUUGUCUAAUGCAUCAGGAUGUGCUGUUGAUGAUUCUUUGGCAGCUGGAUCAGUUCCUGUACUUCCAUGGAUACCACAAACAACAGCUGCUGUGGCAAUAAGGCUCAUUGAACUUGAUGCAUCCAUUUCUUACAUGCUUCAUCAGAAGUUGGAAUCUCACAAAGAUAAAGGGGCUAAUGACUUUAUAAGAGUUCCGGCUAAAUUUUCUGUUAUGAAGAACAUGCAAGAUGAUGAAUCUGCAGAAGCUCCGAUUGAAGCUGUACAUCUUCGAGAUGAGAAUUGGGUUGAAAUGGGAAGCGGGCAUACCAGCUCAGGCCGUGGGCGAGGAGGUCGACGAGGUCGUGGUCGCACUCGUGGGGGGAGAUCUCAGAGAAGGGUCAUUGGUUCCAGAUCUGAAUCGAGCAAAAGAAGUAGUGCAGCAAACAAUGAAAAACUAGGGCUACUGGGAUGGAAAGGCCGAACACGGGGACGAGGAGGGCGUAGGAGGGGUCGGCGCACUGUCAGAAGUAGGCAGAAACCUGUGAAACAGGUGGUUGAAGACAUCCCUGAAGAGAUCAUAUUCAAACCACCCCCAAGAAACUUGGAUAGGGAGUGGAAUGUAGAAACCCCCACGAGGGAGCCAGUGGAGGAAGCUGAAAAUGUUAGCAGUUCGGAAAGUUCAGAGGAGUAUGACGAUGAUAACGGUCAGGGAACAGGUGAUGAAUGUGAUGAUUUAGGCGUAGAUGAGUAUUCGGGGCCUUUUAAUGGCAAGUCAGAAGAUGUAAUAGAGGAGAGUGAUGAGAUAGGAGAUGGUGAUGAAGAUGAAGAGGAGGAGGAAGAUGAUGAGGGAGACGUAGAUGUGGGAGGAUAUAUAAUUGGGGAUUCGGAUGAAGAGAGAAACGGUUAUGAAGAUGGAGGGCAGACUGGGGUAGGAGAUGAAGGUGGAGGAUAUGCAUCUUCAGAUUACAGUGAGUAGUUAAAAAGAUAUGUUCACAAUCACUUAGUGUAACAAAUAUUUGUUUUCAAGUUAAGAAGAGGGUUUUUCUUUUUCUUUUUUUUGCCCCACUUUCAAAAGGUGCGUCUGCCUCUCCGAGGGGAACCAUGUGUAUUUUAUACGAGGGCUUCCUUUACUGUACUGGGAAUUAAUUCAAAUGAAUGGGUUCUUCAGAUGAUAUUCAAUGUAACGUCUUCCUAAA